UGGGCGCACUUAGCUGCAGGGCUCCGGGGGCACCUGGCGUCCGGGCUCGGAGCGUUGUUCCUAGGACAGUGACACGCUCCCCUGAGGAUUGGCCACACUGCCUUUCUGGCUGCUGCCAUGGAGGAGACACAAUCGGACCUCACCAUUGAGCCCCCUCUGAGUCAAGAGACAUUUUCAGACUUAUGGAAACUACUUCCUGAAAACAAUGUUCUGUCCUCCUCACUGUCCCCACCAGUGGAUGAUCUGAUGCUGUCCCCAGACAUUGUAAACUGGUUUGAUGAAGGUCCAGAUGAAGCGCUCAGAACGUUAGAGGAUCCUGCACCAGUGGCUUCCACAACAGCUGCCCUUACACCAGCAGCCUCUGCACCAGUCACCGGCUGGCCUCUGUCAUCCUGUGUCCCUUCUCAGACAACUUACCCUGGCAGCUACGGUUUCCGCCUCGGCUUCUUGAAUUCUGGCACAGCCAAGUCUGUCACCUGCACGUAUUCUCCUGUCCUGAACAAGAUGUUUUGCCAGCUGGCGAAGACCUGCCCUGUACAGCUGUGGUUCGACUCCACACCCCCACCAGGCAGUCGCAUCCGUGCCAUGGCCAUCUAUAAGCAAUCACAACACAUGACAGAAGUGGUGAGGCGCUGCCCCCACCAUGAGCGCUGCUCAGAAAGUGAUGGUCUGGCCCCUCCUCAGCAUCUCAUCCGGGUGGAAGGAAAUUUGCGUGUGGAGUAUUUGGAUGAUAAAAACACUUUUCGACACAGUGUGGUGGUGCCCUAUGAACCUCCUGAGGUCGGCUCUGACUGUACCACCAUCCACUACAACUACAUGUGUAACAGUUCCUGCAUGGGGGGCAUGAACCGUCGACCCAUCCUCACCAUCAUCACACUGGAAGACUCUAGUGGUAACCUGCUGGGACGGAACAGCUUUGAGGUGCGUGUUUGUGCCUGUCCUGGGAGAGACCGCCGCACAGAGGAAGAAAAUUCCCGCAAGAAAGGGGAGACUUGUUCUGAGCCAUCCCUUGGGAGCACCAAGCGAUCACUGCCCACCAGUACCAGCUCCUCUCCACAGCCAAAGAAGAAACUGCUGGAAGGAGAAUAUUUUACCCUCAAGAUUCGCGGGCGUGAACGUUAUGAAAUGUUCCGAGAGCUGAAUGAGGCCCUGGAAAUCAAGGAUGCCCAGGCUGAGAAGGAGUCAGAUGGGAACAGGGCUCAUUCCAGCCAACCGAAGUCCAAGAAGGAGCAAUCUACCUCCCGUCAUAAAAAAUUAAUGUUCAAGAGAGAGGGACCUGACUCCGACUGAUGCCCUCUGCUUCUUGUCCCCCAUUGACAACCCCCUACCCAUACCCCCCUUCCCUGCCAUUUUGGGACUCAGGUAUUACAAUCCCUGGUUUUUGCUAUAGGUGUGCCUCAGAAACACCCAGGAAUUUGUCUAUCAGCCUUGGCCUGGGGCUCUGCUGAGGAAAUUGGCCUACACUGGUAUUUUGGGGUGGAAUGGUAAGGUUUUUACUAUGAGGAAUAUUUGGAAGAGGUAAGGAAAUGUUCUUGAGUUUAAGGGUUAGAUUUUACAGUCAGCCAUACAUUGGGUUGGAAGCCCAGUUCUCCACUGUACUAACCAGGGAAGCCAUUUCAAGUUGUUUAAUUUCUCUGAGCUUCAAUGUCCAUGUCUAUGAAAUGCUGGUAAUUGUAGCUACCUCACAGAGUUAGUUGUGAGGAUUAAUGAGAUAGUGUGUCUGGCCUUGAAAACCACCUUUUAUUACAUGAAGUCUGGGACUUCACCCCAUCCUGGGGUGCUUGUUACAAGUCCCUGUUGGUGUGGGUUAGGAGUUAUUGUGAUUGGGCAGCUGUUCAACAAGCUGAGUAUCAAAGUCUCUGCCAAGACUUUAAACUCAGCCAAAGCCUGUCCAACCCCUUGGUGAACCUUGGCACCUAAAAAGAAGUCUUACCCCAUCCCACACUGUGGAGGAUUCCAUCUUUUGUGUAGGAUCUAGAUCCACUAAGACCUGUUUAUUCCUUCCCCUAAAUGCUCAGGGUCAAUUUCUUUUGCAUUCUGCAAGGCACAUCUGAAGUUUUCACUCCUACCCCUCUUACCCCUUUUUAUAUCCCUUUUUUUAUAUCAAUUUCUUAUUUUACAAUAAAACUUUGCUACCA